AUGCCGGGGAGCCGGCCGCCGAGGGUCCGCUCCGGGAACGAGCCUUCUCUCGCGCCCGCCAUGGAGCCGGCGGACGGCGGGCCCUGGGCCCACAGCCGAGUGGCGCUCGCCCGCCUGGAGAAGCUGCUUCGCUGCUCGCGCUGCACUCAUAUCCUGAGGGAACCUGUGUGCUUAGGAGGGUGUGAGCACAUCUUCUGUAGUAAUUGUGUAAGUGACUGCGUUGGAUCGGGAUGUCCAGUAUGUUACACCCCAGCCUGGAUACUAGAUGUCAAGAUAAACAGACAGUUGGACAGCAUGAUCCAGCUUUAUAAUAAACUCAGAAAUCUGCUACAUGUUGAUAAACUUCCAGCAGAUCAAAAAGAAGAUACAACGAGGGUAAACAUAUUUAAUGAUGCAGAAAACAAGAAGAAUUCAAUAAAAAUGUGGUUUAGUCCUCGAAGUAAGAGAGUCAGAUAUGUUGUGAAUAAGGUUUCCGUGCAAACCCAGCCUCUGAAGACAAAUGAUGGCGAAGUUCAGGAAUCCUCAGCGUAUGAAUUUGUUUCCACGAGUCCUCCCACCACUGUUUCUAAGAGUGCUAAAAAGGCUUCUGCCACAUCUGCACGAAAGCAAAAAAAGAAAACGUUAUCUAAGAUCAACCAAGAAUGGAAUUUAUUGUCUGACAAGGAAGACAGUGAAUGCGAUUCUGAAGAAGAACCUAAAGAAAGGCUGGUGUCCUUCUGUAGCCAACCAUCCGUUGCCACAAGUCCCCAGGGCAAUGGUGACAUCAAUUUACUAGCGAGUGGCUCAGUGGCGGAAUCUGAGAGUUUUGGGAGCUGGACUGACGUCUCUUUACCAUUGGCUGACCAUAUUGAAUCACCAGAUGCUGAGAGCCAGAGUGAAGCGACUCCUGAGAAGUGGGUCUCCGAAAAGGAUGCUUGCUUGGAGACCUCUCUGCCAUUAGGCUGGAGUGGAAAGCGCAAAUGUUGCCACAGACUUUCCAACCCUGUUUCAAAGAGACAUGGAAGCAAUGUUCCAAGUACCAGAGGAGCUUCGGUGAAGCCGACAGUGUUCUCCAAAAACAUAUCAUUGCUUGACCAUUCUUUACCAACCUCAAGCAAACUUCAAGUUGAUGACACAUUCAGGAGAAAAAAUAGUGUCCUAGAUGACUCUGUCAGCCUUUCCCCAGGCACACCACCUUCUACACUGAAUGACUCAGCUUAUAGACAAAUGAUGUUGAGCCCCUCCACAGUGAGACUUCUGGCUGGGAAAAGAAAUCGUCGAGGAGAGACAUUGCUUCAUAUUGCUUCUAUUAAGGGCGAUAUACCUUCUGUUGAAUACUUAUUGAAAAAUGGAAACAACCCAAAUGUUAAAGACCACGCUGGAUGGACACCGCUGCAUGAAGCCUGCAGUCAUGGGCACCUCGAGGUAGUGGAGUUGCUACUCCAGCAUAAGGCUUUGGUGAACACCCCUGGCUACCAGAAUGACUCACCUCUUCACGAUGCCGCCAAGAAUGGGCACGUGGACAUAGUCAAGCUCCUGCUUUCCUACGGCGCCUCCAGGAACGCUGUUAACAUAUUUGGUGUACGGCCUGUGGAUUGUACAGACGAUGCAAAGAUAAAAGCAUUAUUGCUGCUACCAGAGAAAAAUGAAUUAUCCUCAACUAGCCAUCGCUCAGUGGUGACCACUGGGCAGCGAAGGGAUGGACCACUUGUGCUUAUAGGUAGUGGGCUCUCCUCGGAGCAGCAGAAAAUGCUCAGCAAACUUUCAGACAUUCUUAAGGCUAAGAAAUGUGUUGAAUUUGACAAUACAGUAACACAUGUCAUCAUUCCUGGUGAUGAAGCUCAAAGUACUUUGAAGUGUAUGCUUGGGAUCCUCAAUGGGUGUUGGGUCCUAAAGUUUGAUUGGGUGAAAGCAUGUCUGCAAAGCAGAGUUUGCGAGCCCGAGGAAAAGUAUGAAAUUCCUGAAGGUCCGCAGAGAAGCAGACUCAACCGAGAACAGCUGUUGCCAAAGCUGUUUGAUGGAUGCUAUUUCUAUUUCGUGGGGAACUUCACACAUCAUCCCAAGGACAACCUCGUGAAGCUUGUUGCGGCAGCAGGAGGCAAGUUUCUCAGUCGAAGGCCCAAGCCAGACAGUGACGUGACUCAGACCAUCAAUACAGUUGCCUACCAUGCCAGAGCUGAUUCUGAUCAGUAUUUCUGCACGCAGUACAUCAUCUAUGAGGAUCUGUGUAAUUCUCGUCCAGAAAGGGUUCGGCAGGGCAAAGUCUGGAUGGCUCCUUCAAGCUGGCUCAUCAGCUGUGCAUUGUCCUUUGAGUUGCUUCCUCUUGACAGCUGAAGGUUAAACCAGGUGAACAUUUCAAGUUGAACAUGCACAGCUUAUAAGAACCCAAACAUUGCAGUAGUUUUGAUUAUCCAGAUUUUAUUUAGGAGUAGAAUCAUUCACUUUCUUUUUUGAAUUGCAAGAAAGAAAAAAAAAAUCCAGCCUAGGAAUCCUUCUACAAGUGCUCUUGAGAAUUUUUUCUCUUGGAGGCUGGGCCUGAAGCUUAGUGCUUACGUGCCCUGCAGAGCACGCUGGUCUCCAUCCUCAGUUCUCUGAAAAGAACUGGCACAUGCUUUGAAUUCAUCAUGUCUCUUCCACUUACCAUCUACGGAAGAUUAAUAAAUGAGAUGACAUUAGAACUGUGGGUUAGAUCUGCAAAUGGUGUAUCAUUACUUUUUCGACCUUUUAACGUUCUUUGAAUGUAAAAACGGUUGACGCUUGCCACCAGCAAAAACAUGUGCCAUGCUUUUGUAAAUGGAAUAACGCCAAGAGAUCCAUGUCGAGUGAAAAGACAGCAUCUGCCUAAAUGUAUGACUAUAGGUGUACAUUUUUCCUGUUUACAGUUAUCUUACAUUAUGUUUCAGGUUUUAAAAAAAAUUUUCUUCACUCUUCCUUUGUUUGUAUCCCUUUUUAAAUCUGUGUACUUGUCAGGAAAUCAUGAUUUGAACUAUAACAUGAUUGGGUUUUAGUGGUAAAAUUAGCGAUAAGCUCAUGCCACAUAUUUUGAUAGUGCAUAUUUUCAAUUUACCUUGUAUGGUCAUACUUAUAGAGUACUUUCUAGGACACAUUUUAGUGUCAGCAUCUUUUAAAAGGUCUUGCCAGUUGGGGGAAAAAGAAAAUACCAAGACAUUAGAUAAGAAGCAAUCUCUGUGAUAAGCCUUAUUAGAUACUGCUAAAUUAUUUUUCCAUAAUGUCUUAAUUUUCCCCUCCCCUUCCUUUCCUCUUCCCCUUCUUUCUUCCUUCUUCACCCUUCUUUCUCUUCCUUCUCUUCCUCUUUUCUCUCCUUCUCUUUCCUUUCCUACCUUCAUCCCUCCCCAUUUUUUUGUGGUGUGGGGAUUGAAAUGAGGGUCUUGCACAUGCUAGGUACUAGCUCUACCCCUAAGCUGUAUCCUAAGCCUAUUCUUAAUUUCUUUUUUUCUUUUUAAUUUUUUUAAUUCUUGUGACUCUGGGAAUUAUAUCUAGGGCCUUGUACUUGUGCACAUCAGCUAAAUGGUCUUCCACUGAUCUAUAUCCACCAUUUAUUUUUUUUUAAUUUUGAGAGAGUUUUGAUAAAUUUACCAUUUGGCCUUGAACUCACUCAAUUUUAAUUACCUUAUAAAGUUUUUAGAUUGGUGUGUAGCAGUAGUUGAAGAUUUCUUGAUUGAAAACAGAUUUUUCCCAGUUUUGUGUGUUUGUUUUUUAAAUAAAAGGUCCUGAUAGUACUUGCAGGGGAGUAGGUGAAAAGAGUCUUCUCACGGCUGAGAAGCCGACAGGCUGUCCGCCACGGAGCUUUUCCUGCCUGGCCUGAGGGCUCCCACUGUGACUCAGCAGCAAAGAUGAGGUUAAGUUCAAGUGCUUUUUAAUAAGAAAGUUCUCAAAUAAAUCCUUCCCAGAAAUUUACUGUAUUGGUAAUGUUACAGGUUGAGAAAGGAGACAGUGUAAACCUGCCACUGUAGUCCCUCAUGACAAACACAGGGAUGGAAUAGCCCCCAUUUUCAAACACAAGUGGCUGUGAGUUAAUCCUUUUAAGAUCUGCUCAUUUAAAAAGCUUGAGAGUCUGAUGAUUAUUUUAAAAUGCUGUUUUCAUAAGUCUUUCUUUGACAUAAUACUUUUUGAUGUCAACAGGCAUACUAUGUGAACAAAAUAUUUUUCUGGCCCUGGACUUCUAGGGAGUACUAGCUCUGAAGGUGUGCAGUUAUUAGUGUGUCAGCCUCACGUGUCAUCUGGUGGAGAGCAAUGAGCACCAUGGUUCUGGGCUUAAUUGCCAUUUCUGAUUUAUGUUCCUUUCAAGUCACUGUCUAUUGUGUCACAGGUUAUAUUCCUAGUCAGUUUCAUGGCAGUUCCUUGCUGGGAACUCCUGUUUGUGAAAACACUGUGGGAGCUCCUUUUCCUCUCUUCAUUUUCCUGGUUUAUUUCUUCUCUCUGCUAGAAAGUAUUAUUCUUUCUGAGUUUUCUAAAUAUUUAUUUUGAUAACAUUGGUUUUUGUUAAGCUCUUGAAACUUGAGCUAGUGUUAUCUUAUAUAAAGAUGCUUGUAAUUCUCAUUUUUAAUUUCCUGUUUGUUUACCAUAAAUCAUUAAAGUCAGUUUUGUGUGCAUAUGUGUGUGUCUUGUGUAAGAGUGGGUUAUUCUGCAUACUGAAGUGAAAUUCUAAAUGACUUGUGAAGAAGCCUUUCAACUGUGCUUCUUUAAUAAACUUAAAAAAUAUUUA